UCCCAUAGCGACCAGUUUACUCCCAGAAAACCCAAACCGAAGCACAAUCCCAGAGGCGAAGCCCACCUCAUCCAGUCAAGUCCGAGCUCCCGGCCGAGUAACACGACCUUGGGAAAAAUGCUGAAGAAUUGAAGAACAAAUGAACACUCUUUGGAAAAAAAAUAAAUAAAUAAAUAAAAUGGAAGGCCAUCACGAGAAAAAGAAAAAAGGGGCGUCGCUCAAAAAGGUCGUUAUAGCUGAAGUCGAAAAUGACGGCAGCGGCAAAGAGGGCUGCCCGUUCCAUUUCGGCCUCCGACCCUACUUCCAGAACAUCGUUCCAUCUCAGGAAAAAGAAAUCAUCGAAACCGUCGACUACCUCGAGGAAAGCGAUUUUAAUUAUAUGAACGGAUCAUCGAGGAAGCAGUGCACUUGGGACAAGGCGUGCAUAUGGUGCGGAGUGCCUCUUCUCAUCGCAGCAGUCAUCGCCAUACUUUUCGGCCAGUUGAUGCCGCCUAAGGAGCCUGUUGUGGCCCGGAGGGGAUCCCUGGCCUACCUUGACAGAAAGGCACUAGUGUACAACUCGCGUUUGGAGCUGUGCAGCCUCAUCGGGCUCGGCGCUCUCUGCGCUUCGGCGCUCAUGAUCCUCCUCUCCUUUCUCAUCUCGGCGUACUCGACCCCGAGCCAGGACUACUCGCCGGUCCUCGCUGGACACGCACACGGGGCCAUACCCCUCUCGGGGGUGAUCACGCACGUUCAACCGCCAUCCACGCAAGUACCUCCCAAGAGAUAAAGUGCUCGCACUUGGGUUUUUAAAGAAAGUCUGCAUAAAUCUCGGAUUUAAAAAAAAAUGUUUUCGCGAUUUGAAUUUUAUCAAAUGUACAACAUAUCUGGCACACGGCUGUCAUUCUUUUCAAUGAUUCAAAUUAUAUAAACUGAAAAUCAUAUCGUUUCUUCGAAAACAUCAAAAUUGAUCUUGGGUAAUCUUUUUUUAAUUCUAUUUAGUCAAAACCAAUUCAAAUUAAUUAAUGAUUAUUUGCGGAUCGUGAGAUGCA